AGUAAUAAGGGAUAACUACACUGAGUCAGGUGGGAGUCUGCAGGUUGGUGGCCACUGGUGCCCAGGAGGGAGGAUGCUGAUGAGUGGAUGUGGUGUUGGGGUGCUCUAUCCUUCAGCCUUGGGGCUGCCAGCAUCCCCCAGUAAGGGGCAUCCACUGGUGAGGAGCACUUCAUGUGCAGGGUGCAUUACCAGGCAGCUACACCGAGAAGGGGCCAGGGAAAAACAAUACAAAUACCUGCUGAGCAAUUGUAUUCUGAGGAGAUGCACAAACUUCAUCUGCCACAUGAUUAUUUCAUGCUAAAGAGCAGGCAGCCCAGACCACAGGUGUUACCAAGCUUUUAAAUUCACCUAUUUUUGUCUUUGCAGUUUCUUAUUCAUCUGUAUACACACACACCAGGAUACGUGUACUUGCGGAACCCAAGCAAGUAGCUUAUGAAAGCAGUCCCAGGCUUGAGUGGGGAAACCAAGAGACGAUCUGGCCUCUAUCAUGGGGGGCUAUGACAUCUCGACCAUCUUCAAGAAUAACGUUACUGUCCAAAUCCAAGACAGACUUUUGCGAGCACCAGCGAAGCUACAGAUCAGUGAUCGGUGGGCGUCCCCCGCUAGUGAAGUUUGCCUACCCUUCUGAGCGGCUGCUGAAGUUGGCUGAACCUAAAAAAUUCCACCCGGCUUCCCUGCAAAAAAGAUCCCCCGAGUGGCCCGUGUCACUAUCUGCACUGACCUAUAAUGCCUCCCCACGGAUCCUCCAGCUUGCCCGGCCAAAGUUGCUGCAUCCAGAGUUCAUUCCACCCAGAGAGGUGCCAACACAGGUUCCAACUCCUGCGACCUUGGCCAGUGCAUCCUCGCGGUUAGAGCGUCUGGCAGAGCCCUGUGUCAGGCAGGUGACCUGCUGCUAUAAGCACAGCUAUCCUGAAUCUGUCAUUCGUCCGGUUUCCAAGUCAGCUCAGCAGGCAGUUGCGAGCCCUCGGACCAUUGAGCUGGCUAGGCCAAAGAAACUGCAUUCUAAGUACGCGGCCCCGCGGGAUCCUCAGUGGCCAGUGUCAGAGGCUGCCAAGCGUGCAGUGGCUACACCAAGGAUUGUGGAACUGGCCCAGCCUGGCAAAAGGCCUCCCAUGGGCUUGGCUCAAUUCAACCUAGAUGCAUUCAGAGUGAAGGAGACUGCUAUGAAGGCAACUUGUUCUGAUCGGAUCCGAGAACUAGCUCGCCCAGUUCAGCGCUAAGCUCCCUCAGAAAUGCACCUGCCAGCUGCCCCCAUCACCCCUUGGAACAUCACUCUCUCUGGGAUGUGCUGUGCGUAGAAAAUCUACUUGAACACAGCGCAGAGGCAGCACUCAGCAGGAACACUUUCUGGGAAUUCAAAUAAAAUGGUCACUCCUUAAGAAUAGCCACCAGGGGAAAUGAACAGAAUUUGACCUAAUGUGGGAAGCCUCUCUCCCUAGGAUGGGUUAUAUCUGCAGUUUCUCUCCUUAUUGUUUUGCUGUAAUAGUUAAAGAAGUAAUGAAACAACUGCUGGGGGAAGGCAGCACAGGACCUGUUCUUUCACACAAGAAAGUGUGGCAAACCAAACGCAACAGCAUGCAGUAGGGUGAUGCAACACAACUCCUGAACUUGGGCUUAAAAAUUUUUGCUAAAGUUUAAAGAACUUCUUGCUGACACAAAGUUUUGUGCUUGUGACAGAAGUAGAGACACAAAAGGCUGCAAUGUAUGUUGAGUUGGCUUGGAUUUGGGGCCUGUUUUCUCAAACGCCUGAAGAACAAGCAGAUCCAGCCUUUUCUGUUGCAUGCAUCUUUGAUACACAUUAUGCAUCUGGGUAAAAUCUGUCCAGUUCAGAUACUCAGUUGUGUCACCCUGAGCAAAAUAAGGGAGCUCUGCAUUGGGAUUUUUGGAGCCUAACUCAAAAAAGCAGAGUUCCCCUCAGUGUAAGAGAGAAAGCACAUUGCAAAGGCGAAGAAGAAAACAGAUAUUGAUGCCAGACUCUGCAGAACAAAUUCUGAGCUCCAGUUGGGUCUGAGAGCAAGUCAGUUUGGCAGCUGGAUUGCAGGGGAACAACAUAGCCUUUGGGGGACAUGGCAUAGGGAGAAUGCUUUUAUCUGUUUCCUACAAGUUUGGUGUGCUUUGCCCUGGCAGCCCAACCACUGGCAAUGGGCUGGAGAUACUGAGGCAAGAGAGAUGCUCACCAGUAAGGGACAAAAGCCACAAAUGAAAGCAUGUGGCAGUUUCAGAGUCAAUGUAUUUUAAUCUUUCCUGUGUUAAGCUGAUUCUCCUUCCAAAGAAGUAGAGGCAGGUGACCACAAACCAGAAGGGGAUUAAUCAGAGGAUCCAUUAAUCAAUUCAGUAAUCCACUAAGCAGAGGACUUUUGAACCCUCUUGAACAAGGUAAGGUCACUGGGAAAUGGUGCUGGUUAUUUUUAGACCAUGUGUUGUCCUGUAGGAGGAUGGAUGAGUCUGGGUUUUGUGCAAGAGCCCCAGCACAACUGCAUUCCUCAGGCCUGAGAAUGGCCAAGAGGAGGCUGGAGUCUGCCCCCUACACCCCUCACCCUGUGGGAGAACCCCAGCAGCACCAGCCCCUGCCACCUCAGGGCUGGUGUGCAUGGGGCUGUAUGGGCUGCUGUGCAGGGACCCAUGGGCGCCCUAGAAGAUGAGGCUGCCCAUGUCUGUGGGCUGUCCCUGUGGCAAGAGGGAAAACCCACAGUGGCCACUGAGGCCAUCUUGGAGAAAUGUUGCCCUCCCAGAGGAAGGAGUCUGCCUCCUGCCAUUAGGGCAGGGAACACAAGCAGGGACAUAACACAGCUCCUCUCAAACAAUCAAAAAACAUUGUUUUUUUUAUUAUUGCAUUUGGGGGAAAAAAACCCCAACCUACUAGUUCCUUCUCUUUGUUGACCUUUAACAGAAAGGUAAAAAAGGCAUUCAAGGAGGGCUUGGCUUGGUCUGAUUAUGGUGUAGGCACUUGGUUUGCCAAGAUCCAGAGCUGACUCUGGCAUCUUGAGCUAAACAAGGUCACCUGAACAACACAUCUGGUUUCCCAGGUGCCCUGCUCUCUGGAUUAUCUCUACCUUAAAGCUAGUACACAUAUUUUGCCUCUGGGGAUUGUAAGGAAAAUGAAUCUUUAUUUCCUCCUUCUAUAUUUGAACAUGUUUCAUGGCAGCUUUUCUGCAAGCCUGGGACAAGAGCAUGAGAUUGCCUUGUCCUGUGCAGCUGGUGUUAAUGGGUUGGAAUCACUAGACAGGUUACCAGCCAUCAAAAGCUGUAUGCACACACACAUACAUAUAUAUAUAUAUAUAAUGUUCUUUUUUUUGGU